CGACAGUUGAUCCGAGAUUGAGGGCGUAUAACCACCAAACAUCUCCAGUGGAUGCUUCUAGCUGCUACAGAAAUGGAAACCGCGGAAUCCAAACACCGACGCAUGCACUCCAAAUCAUCGCGUCCUCGUAGCUCAACUAAAGGACCUUUAGAUGCUCCUGACGACCUCCAAGGGAUAGAGGGUACAACCUCACCUUCUGGAUUGCGGGUUCCAUCUCCGCUUAACCAGGGCGAUUUCUCUGGCGAGACUUUCAAUGCUUUAGAUCCUCUUUUUCUGGAUGAUCUUCCAGAAACUAUGGGGAAAGACCUAUCCUUCCUUCUCCGAAAGGACAUUUACCAUCCUCUUUCGCAGAUUAGCAUUCCGCCGGCACUGCGAUCUGAAUUUCUUAACCCGGUUAUAGACGAACCUUUAUCGUCAUUGUUAAGCAAAUUGGAGAAGCUACUGGCAGAGGGUCACUUCCUGCUCGCAGCACAUCUAUGUGGAACAAUUCUGACGUCUAUAAUCUCGCCCACUAGUUGUAGGUUGAUCUUUGCUCUCUUUUAUACACGACUAGCAUGCUUGGAGCUGUCCGGGAAUGUCGUCUUUGCAGCGCAGGAAUCCAAGGCGUUGGAGGACCUGAGUUCCGCGUUCUAUUACAUUACCCCAGAACUCGAAGCAUCAGAUUCAAAAAGCAAUUCGAGCCAUGUAUCCUCACCCCGCCAUAUCGCGCCGUGGCCGCUGCGAGUCCUUGCUGUGAGACUCCAAUGUAUCGGAUUUGGAGACUCACGCAGAGGCAUCGGCGGUCUCUACGAAAUCGGUAUGGAGGCGCGAAGGGAGAUACUGAGACCAGAUAUAAAAGAAGCAGAAAUGGAUAUAUGGAAAGAAAGAUUGGCAGACCUUGGAAUUAGGAGCGUGAACAUGCUUAUAGAGAUGGGGGAUCUGGACACCGCUAGGCGAUCGCUUGAUAACCUCAAGGGCUCAAACAACGUUGUGCAUAACAUGAGAAGGGCACUUCUCUUCCUCAAAAUCGGUGACCUCGAUGCAGCAAAGCAAAUCACUGACGAAUUCAGCGAUCCCGGGGCUGCUAUGCUAAAGCCUCUUCUCAAGAUGACUGAAGGCCGUUACGGCGAUGCUGUAGUUGAAUGGCGGGCCCUUUUGGAAAGCGGUCCCAAGAGGUCCGAUGAGGUCAUUGUUUCACAGAACUUAGCUGUGUGUCUGCUUUAUACCGGACAGCUGAAUGAGGCGCGUGUGCUCUUGGAGUCCUUGAUUUCCGCGAAUCAUUCGUUCGCGAGUUUGACGUUUAACUUAUCAACCAUCUACGAACUCUGUUCUGAUAAGUCCACAGGCCUGAAGAGCCAGCUUUCAGAUGCAGUAGCUAGGCAGCCUGUUUCUGGAGACAUGAACCUGGACAGGCCCAAUGCGGAUUUCAAACUGUGAACGAAAAUCAUGCGAUAUCAUUCAGCCGACUAACUUUGGUUCAAAUAUCUAACUAUAGUUGUGUCAAAAGGAAUUUGUACUUUUCGUAAACCGAGUUCACUCGAUAAAGAUGACCAAUGCUAUGUACACCAACGCCGGCUAACCGUCUAGAAUGCUACUCCUUUUUCCUCCUGAUAGGUGCUAAAUUCAAUGAAGCCUCCCAAAAAAGAAAACACCAAACAACAAAAGAACGUCCGAGAUUGAUAGCCUGGCCUUAUGCAGAUUCCUUGAUUGGAUCGAGUUUCUUUUCAGGCCGCCGCCUCGGCCUUCUAAUGAUAAUCUUAUCGUCUUCCUUCUGCCAGCCGAGCCUUUCCACUUCUACCAGCUUCUCCCAUGACCAGCUAUCCCUAUCUCCAGUGCAGCCCUCGAUAACCCAUGCCACGUCGACGUUGAGAUAUGCACUACCAACUGCCUUCAGGGCAUGUCUCCUGACCCGAUCUGCUGCCCAGUUCAUAACAGCUCGGAUAUAUGAAUCAACGCCCUUCCGGACGCGCCAGAACACGACCCAGUUAUCAUGCAUGAGAGCGGCUAGUACGCUGUCAAUUGUCUGUGAUCUAAUAGCAUAUUUGCUCCGGGCACGGGAACGCAGUUCGAACGCAGCAACCAUGUCGCUCUGUCGACAAGCAUAAUCAAGAAUCAAGUACAAGAAGAACUCCUUUAGUUCAGACUCGGGUAGUGGAUGGGAGGGCGAGUGCAAUUUAUCAAGAAGGUAGCGAAGGGAAGGGAAAUAUGACGGCGGGUGCUGAGCGAGAAUAGAGAUUCGGAUGGAGAACAUAUGGACCCGCUGGGAGAAGGAAACGGGAGUGGUGGAAGCUGUCGCUAAAAGGGCUUCUCUCAGCUUGCGAAGGGAGAGGAGGAUGGUGGACAGCUCAACAGAUGGUGGGGGGAUUUGACCCUUUACCUGCUUCGCUUUGGGGUAGGGACGAGAUGCUGCAGGCGGGUUUCUUGUAGGGUCACCGGAGGGGGUGGUGGGGAGAGAGGCAAAAGCCGCGUCAAGGUCCUUGGCAUGAUGAGCGCAGAAACGCAUGUACCGUUCUACAAUCUUGUUGUAGUAAUCCUCCUGGGCUUUGAGAUCCAGAAGCCUGGGAAAAGAAUGUUAGCACUGCGCGGGUGGCAGCAGAUGCAACGAUGCAUUGUCGACAUACUUCCUGUCCCCCUUGGAUACGAACCCCACGCUUUCCAGAGAGUCUGACACUGGCUUCAGGCGGCUACCAGCCGACUUGCCCGACUGCACUGGACCAGCCAUGCUGGGACAGGUGCUGAGCAGAGAUGAGGUCUGCUCCACUGCGUCACUGUAUCGUGUGGGAAUAAACGGCGGGAGAUGUGGAUGCGGCAAGUACCCGUGUGUUUGCACUGUUUGUCUGUACCACGUGGUUGACGCUGCCCCUAAUGGAGGAAUCGGGCUCCAGCUCGGAAAUUUACCAUAGAUA